CAUCAGUAAUUAACAUGAAGAUUCCCCAAAUGAGAGAAAAUAUGAAGAGAGAAAGGUAAGCCCCAAAUUUAUAGGUCAAAUUCAUAGAUUGAUGCUGAUGCUCCACUCCAGUUCAUCUUCUUCCCACAAAAUGCUGAGACCGCAAUUGCUCAAACCCCUCACUUUUAACCAAAUACUGUCCAAUAACAAAGCCGUAAAGUUGGGAAUCUCUGCAGCUAAGAGGAGGAUUCCCCAAAUCAUGGCCUCCUCGAUUUCCACUACUCAGCAGCAGCAGCAGCCCGUUUCAGCUCAAGUCGAUUCGUCUCAGAACUCACCCACACGCCCUCUGCAGAUUGCAAAGCGGUUGGAGAAGUUCAAAACGACAAUUUUCACGCAAAUGAGCAGCCUUGCGAUCAAGCACGGUGCUAUCAAUCUCGGACAGGGCUUCCCCAAUUUCGAUGGUCCGGAAUUUGUGAAAGAAGCUGCUAUCGAGGCCAUUCGAGCUGGUAAAAAUCAGUAUGCUCGUGGAUAUGGGGUUCCCGACUUGAACUCGGCUGUGGCUGAUCGUUUCAAGCUGGACACUGGUCUCGUGGUUGAUCCGGAGAAGGAAGUUACUGUCACCUCAGGAUGCACGGAAGCAAUUGCUGCAACGAUUCUAGGGCUCAUAAACCCCGGGGAUGAGGUUGUGGUAUUUGCCCCAUUCUACGACUCCUAUGAAGCUACCCUGUCGAUGGCUGGCGCGAAAAUUAAGUCCAUCACCCUAAAGCCCCCGAACUUCUCGAUCCCGAUUGACGAACUGAAGUCUGCUGUCACGAAGGACACUCGCGCCAUCCUGAUGAACACUCCACACAACCCGACAGGGAAAAUGUUUACGAGGGAGGAGCUCGAAGCCAUUUCCUCGUUAUGUGCAGAGCAUGACGUGCUCGUGUUCUCCGACGAAGUGUACGACAAGCUGGCCUUCGAGAUGGACCAUAUCUCCAUCGCCUCGCUCCCCGGAAUGUAUGAGCGGACCGUGACUCUGAAUUCGCUCGGAAAGACAUUCUCGCUGACCGGGUGGAAGAUCGGGUGGGCGAUAGCUCCCCCGCACCUCACAUGGGGGGUGCGGCAGGCGCACGCAUUCCUCACGUUCGCGACGUCCACGCCGAUGCAGCACGCGGCGGCCGCCGCCCUCCGGGCGCCCGAGUCGUACUACGAGGAGCUGAGGCGCGACUACGCCACGAAGAAGAAGAUCCUGGUGGACGGCCUCGAGUCCGUGGGCUUCACGGUCUUCCCGUCGAGCGGGACCUACUUCGUGGUGGUGGACCACACGCCGUUCGGGAUGGAAAACGACGUUGCCUUCUGCGAGCAUCUGAUCAAGGAAGUCGGCGUCGUUGCCAUCCCGACGAGCGUGUUCUACCUUGAUCCCGAGGAGGGGAAGAAUCUGGUGAGGUUUACCUUCUGCAAAGAUGAAGAGACUCUUCGAAGCGCGGUGGUGAGGAUGAAGGAGAAGCUGUUGCUGAAGAAAUGAUAAAUAAUGGCAUUAAUGUUUUAUAAGUAUUAAUCUUGUUACCAUUGAAUUCUUUAUUGAAUCAAAUUUUAUUUUUAAACAAGAAAUCCUUUUUUUCUUUCUCCAAAA